AAGCGGUCUCCGCAGGACGCUUGUUUGCGUCGCCUCCCCCCUGCUUUCCUUUCCUCCUCGCGUCCAAGAUGGCGGAGUACGACCUGACUACUCGCAUCGCGCACUUCUUGGACCGGCACUUGGUCUUCCCGCUCCUCGAGUUCCUUUCCGUCAAAGAGAUAUACAAUGAAAAGGAACUACUUCAGGGAAAACUGGAUCUCCUUAGUGACACCAAUAUGGUGGACUUUGCUAUGGAUGUCUACAAAAACCUUUAUUCUGAUGAUAUUCCACAUGAUUUCCCUGAAACUGGGGAUAGUUCAUCCAUAUUGGAGUACUUCUUAUCAGCUUUGCGUGAAAAGAGAACCACUGUUGUAGCACAGCUGAAACAACUUCAGGCAGAAACUGAACCAAUUGUCAAGAUGUUUGAAGACCCAGAAACAACACGGCAAAUGCAGUCUACCAGGGAUGGACGGAUGCUCUUUGACUACUUAGCGGACAAACAUGGUUUUAGGCAAGAGUAUCUAGAUACACUCUACAGAUAUGCAAAAUUCCAGUAUGAAUGCGGCAACUAUUCUGGAGCAGCAGAAUACUUAUACUUCUUUAGAGUGUUGGUUCCGUCAACAGAUAGAAAUGCUUUGAAUUCACUCUGGGGAAAGCUGGCAUCUGAAAUUCUGAUGCAGAACUGGGAUGCUGCCAUGGAGGACCUUACAAGAUUGAAAGAGACAAUUGAUAAUAAUUCUGUCAGCUCUCCUCUCCAGUCUCUUCAGCAGAGGACAUGGCUCAUUCAUUGGUCUCUCUUCGUUUUCUUCAACCAUCCCAAAGGCAGAGAUAACAUCAUUGAUCUCUUCCUCUAUCAGCCCCAGUAUCUUAAUGCAAUUCAGACCAUGUGUCCACACAUUCUUCGGUAUCUCACAACAGCAGUGAUAACAAACAAAGAUGCUAGAAAACGUAGGCAAGUGUUGAAAGACUUAGUCAAGGUUAUUCAACAGGAAUCUUAUACCUACAAGGACCCAAUAACAGAGUUCGUAGAAUGCUUGUAUGUGAACUUUGACUUUGAUGGAGCACAGAAAAAGCUUAGAGAAUGUGAAUCGGUUCUUGUGAAUGACUUCUUCUUGGUGGCAUGUCUCGAAGACUUCAUUGAGAACGCUCGCCUCUUUAUAUUUGAGACCUUCUGCCGCAUCCACCAGUGCAUCAGCAUCAAUAUGUUGGCAGAUAAGUUAAAUAUGACCCCUGAAGAAGCUGAACGAUGGAUUGUGAAUUUAAUUCGGAAUGCGAGGCUGGAUGCCAAAAUAGAUUCAAAAUUGGGCCAUGUCGUUAUGGGGAACAAUGCAGUGUCACCAUAUCAACAAGUAAUUGAAAAAACUAAAAGCUUGUCUUUCCGGAGUCAGAUGUUGGCUAUGAAUAUUGAGAAGAAACUGAACCAGAGCAGUAGGACUGAGGCACCUAACUGGGCUGCUCAAGACUCUGGCUUCUACUGAAACACUUCUGGGGAAGAUAGACAACUCCAUUUGAUAAGAGCAUACUUUAAUUAUGUACUGUUUUGAAGAGGUGGUUAAUUAUGUGUGCUUUGCAGCACAUGAUGAUUUCAAUAAAAUUGGCUACUUUUAUUUGA